AUGGGGCCGCGGGGGAAAGGAAAGGGAUCAGAAGCUAAAGCCCUUGCUGAUCGAUCCCAUGUCAGAGAUAGUCUCACAGCUUCAAAUUCUCUGAUUCAAUUGGAUUCUCAUGGACUGCUCUCAGGGUGUAGUGUACUUCUUGGAGCAGAAACAGAACAAACUGAUUUUCUUAAUCGUGCGUGUUUUGGUCGACCCAUAAUCACAACCGAGAAGGAUAAACAGUGGUUUCAGUUGGGCAUGGAAGAAGCUUUUUAUCUGUUCUAUUCUCUAAAAUGUCUCAAGAUUAUUGGUGAAGAUCAAUGUACCAAAAACAAUGAAGAGUUAUGGAGUUAUAUGAAAUCCAAGGAAGAUACAUUCCCUGAAUACUUAAAGGCUUAUUCUCGUCUUCGAAACAAAAAUUGGGUUGUGAGAUCAGGAUCUCAGAAUGGUGUGGACUUCGUUGCUUACCGCCAUCAUCCAGCUUUGGUGCAUUCUGAGUAUGCUGUGCUUGUUUUAUCAGGAGAUGGUGAUGCAAAUGAUCGAUUGAAGGUUUGGUCUGAUUUUCAGUGCACACUUCGACUUUGUGGCAGUGUUGCGAAGACAUUAUUAGUUCUUAAUAUCUUUCGAAAUAACACUGGUGCUGUCUCUCCAUCAUGUUUGUAG